AUGUCUAGUUCUGUUAACAAUAGCGUGCCUAAGACAGGCAAGAGAGAUGCUACUCCAGUGGGACCAACCACCGCCACAAAAAAGGGGUUCAAUCAAGAAUUAUUGAUGAAAACUGUUCAAUCAUUACAAUUUGUGUGGUUUUUGGGUCAAGUUACCACAUUGGUAAAUACUGUGUUAUAUACUUUAACAUAUUUUGGUACUAUGAAGAAAUGGUAUGCUUACUUUUAUAUUUUGGCAUACCUCGGAGUUGUUCAACUGUUUGGUAUCUUAGUAUACCAAUUGGUUUCUAAGACAAGGGAUUUUAGAACUAUUAUUAAGGAUGAUAAUGUUCAUUAUUUCCUUUUGGGACUGGCAUUUAUGAUUAUGAGACCAUUUGUUUUGAUUGCCUUAUAUCCAUUCUUUUUGUUUUCAAUUUUCCAUGUAUUGGCUUACACUAAGAAUUACUUGUUACCUAUCUUUUUAAGUACCGAUUCAUCUGCUUUAGGUAAUCAGAUUGGCGCAUUCAUCACUGCCAAUAAUUCCAAAUCAAUUGAAUUGGCCAGCAUCGUUGAAUUGUAUUCUUUGGUUUGGUUAAUUUUAAGAACUUUGACUUUCAGAAAGAGAUCCCUUAUGCCCUUACUUUAUUAUUUGGUAUUCAUAAAGAAGAGAUUUGAAACUUCUCAAUUCACUCGUAACUACGUUAAAAAGAUUGAACUUUCUUUGGACUCUCAAGUUAAUAACUUGAAGAACCCUAAAGUGAAGGAAAUUUGGAUCCAAGUUAAAUCAGUAUUAAGAAGAAUUGGUCAAGUACACAUCGUGAACGAUUACACUAAGGAAGCCAAGUCUCAAUAA